AGGUGAGCGAGGGCGGGAGGGGCUUGGCUGCGCUGGUUGGAAGAACCGCGACUUUGAGGGUUCGGUGGAGUCUUUCUUUGCUCCAGAAGGAUAAUCAGAAUGCAGACUCCAGUAGCUCUUCUGGCUUCACCAGCUCUGUUCCGCUGUUGUUCUCGAAUUCUAACUAGGCCAGCUUCCCUAUCUUUAUUGAGCAGGCCAGAGACUCAGACUGUGCAGCCUUUUGACUUUUCCACCCGUCAGCUGACCCAUCGGGAAUUCCAAACCAGUGCUGUCUCCCGUGAUAUUGAUACAGCUGCUAAGUUCAUUGGUGCUGGUGCUGCUACGGUGGGAGUAGCUGGCUCAGGAGCUGGGAUUGGAACAGUGUUUGGCAGCUUAAUCAUUGGUUAUGCCAGGAACCCAUCCCUCAAGCAGCAGCUGUUUUCUUACGCUAUCCUCGGUUUUGCCCUUUCAGAAGCCAUGGGGCUCUUCUGUUUGAUGGUGGCAUUCCUCAUUUUAUUUGCCAUGUAAAAAGCUUUGGAACCACCCUGCAGCUGCUGUCCUCUCAGUUUAAGCCUGCUUCCCUCACUGGGGUGUUAGAAAUCUAAACAAACUUUAAAUAAAAUACAAUUCAAGUUUU